AUGGGGCUUUCCCUAUGGCAUCUUAUUGAGGCAUCUAUCCUGGGUGCGAACGGUCUCGCUAUCUUGAAUGAAAAGAGACUGUUGGUGAAGUGGGGGCUGGACAGACCAGUUGCCGAUGAAGGCGGUCUAAAGUUUCAAAUAUCAAUUGUCCUGUAUGCCUUCAGAAAUUACAUAAGACGUACGACUUCCCUUCCACCUUGUUCCGAAAACCACCUUGUUCCGAAGGCCACCUUGUUCCGAAAAACACCUUGUUCCAGUACCAAUCUUACCUUUGCAGCUAUUUUGGUGAUACUCAACGUACUAGUGAUUAUUGUGGAGGCAUUGUUCGGUUAA